AUGUCCAUCAUCCAUCAUUCACCUGGUCCCCAAACGACUUUCGGCAGAGGCCCGCACUGGCUGCAUGAAAGUCCCUUUCUACCACCACUGUGGGAGACUACACAGGAUGUGGGGGCUCCAUCUUUGAAGCAUUCGGCCAUGAAAUGCAUUUUGUCCGACCAAUCGCUGCUCAAACGGGAGCAUUUCGCACAUGUUCCCUGGCCCCUUGCAAAGUACCUUUGGGAAUGCCUCGGAAAAUGCCAAAAACAAACCAUGCACAUGUGGAAAAUAAUGGCGGACACAUAUCCUCAACAGUUCCACAAGACCAGCCCAGAAUAUUGCCUCAGAAUUGACUCACCAAAAGAACCAGUGAAGUGCUACAUAGAUCUUCUAAACAGCGAUAUCGGCAGUUGGCAAGCAAUGCUUGCGAUAUCCAGUACACAUGCCACCACAGCGGAUCUGGUUGCAAUCGGAAAUCUGAAGAAUUUGGUCGCCAUGGACAUUUAUCCAACCAACAGGAUACCCAAGCCUGAGGAUAUCGAUGAAGGCAGAGGACAAGGACUUGACGAUCGUAUUCUGCGCACCUGGCUCGAAGUAGCCGAGAUCACUGGAUCAUUGCAGCAGUUGCGCUUUUUGAGGCUCGUCAACCAGCCCAGGGUGACGAUACAGGCUCUCGAGUUAUUGGCUAAGUUGCCGAAUCUUCAACAUGUGGCUCUCAUGGGGUGUUCUACAUUUCAGAAAAUAGUUCACAGCGAUCGUGACCAUUUCGGUGAAUGGCUUGCUUCUAGAAGCCUACCGUACCCCCAGCCGCUUCCUGAAGACGAAUCGAAGUCGUGUCUGGUCAUGAAAGGUAGCCGUUUGCCCUGGAAAUCUCGAAUCGUAAAGAAGCAUAACCUGGAGGAAAAUAUCGAUGGAGUUCAGGGCCUCCCAGCCCUGAAUUCAGACACUCCUAUCUUGGAGUUCGAUUUAUCCCCUACGCCCCUUCUCACCAGGGAGACAAUACUACAUCUGACUCGAUCACCCCAACAAAAUCAAAAGAAACGACGGGUCCCUCAACCUGAUAGCUCGAAGAGUCAAGGUAAAAGGGUGAUGAAGGAUCGACCGGGGAGGGAUAUUGCGGAUGUACUCGGCGAUUUUCUUUGA